CUUACCCUUGGCCCUCUGUGGGGGUCUCCACUCUUCCUCCCUAUGAUCCCCCACUGGUCUCCCCAGGGCUCCUCAAGAUCUUCUGGUGGACACAGAGGGCGCAGGAAGAAGUGCAUCUUGAGUGUGUCCCACUGCACCCGUCCACAUGUGAGGCCUGCUGGCUGUAAGCCCCUCUGUGCAGCCCCAGUGCCUAUGGAUGGGCCCCUGCUGACCUCCCCACGCCUCCUGCACCUCCCAGGGCUGGACUUUGAUUGUUUGAUGACCCAGACGUGCUGGGCCAGCUGCAAUCAGCAUGACCAGCCACAUCCUGCUGCUCCAGGGCCUUGCUGUCCUCCUCCUUCACCAGGCGGAACUGUUGGUGUUUGUUCCGGCCUCAAGUGCAAACCAAGUUCUGCUCAGGUGGAAGCGUGCUGGCUCCUACAUCCUGGAGGAGCUCUUUGAGGGCAACUUGGAAAAAGAAUGUUACGAAGAGAUCUGUGUCCAUGAAGAAGCCAGGGAGGUGUUUGAAGAUGAUGACGCCACGGGUGCAUUCUGGAGGGAGUACAGGGGAGGCUCCCCCUGCAUCUCCCAGCCCUGCCUUAACAACGGCUCCUGCCAGGACACCAUCCGCAGCUUUACCUGCACCUGCUCCCCGGGCUUCGAGGGCAGGACCUGCGCCCUGGCUAAGAACAGAUGCCAUGCAGAGCGGCCUGAUGGGUGCCAGCACUUCUGCCACCCAGGAGAGGCAUCCUUCACGUGCAGCUGCGCACAGGGCCACAAGCUGGGCAAGGACCAAAGGUCAUGUGUGCCUCACGAGCAGUGUGCCUGUGGGAUCCUGGCUUCCCGACUCAAUGAGAAGGCAGAGAGCAGCGGGCUGCGUCCGCCCUGGUUUCCGUGGCAGGUCACACUGACAGACCCCCAAGGGAAGGACUUCUGUGGUGGUGUCCUCGUACAGGACCGCUUCGUCCUGACAACAGCGCAGUGCUCAUUGUCACACAGAAACAUCACUGUCAAAUCAAGUCCUGCCAGCCCAGGCGAGGCUCCGUGGACGGCUAGGGUCAGGCACGCACAUGUGCAUAUGCACUAUGAUGCGGAGUCGGGCCAGAACGAUGUCUCGCUGCUGCAGCUGGAGCGGCCCGUGCAGUGUCCUGGCUCGGGGCUCCCUGUGUGCACCCCUGAGUGGGACUUUGCCAAGCAGGUACUCAUUCCAAGGACAGUGGGGGUCCUCAGCGGCUGGAUGAUCAAUGGCACCGACUUGGAUGACACGCUAGCAACCUUGCCAGUCACACAGGUGGACAGGGAAGAGUGUAGCCAGGCCCUGAAUGUCACCAUCACCACCCGGAUGAGCUGUGAGAGAAGUGAUGCAGCAGCUGGACCGUGGGUGGCAGGAAGCAUGGUCGCCAGAGAACACAAAGGCACCUGGUUCCUCACAGGGAUCCUAGGCUCAUCACCAAGGCCACAGGAGCAGACAGCCACAUUUCUUGUCACCAAGGUCUCAAGAUAUGCACUCUGGUUCAAGCAGACAAUGAAAUAACCGAACUCACCCAGAAAGGGCAGGUCACGAGGCAGGGCUCCACACAGGGACACGUGGAAAGCCUGACCCACAGCACUGCUGUCAGCAUAAGGCCAUCUGCAGCUGCUGACCACCACUUCCUUCUAGAUCACCACUGAGCACCCUGACAUUCCUAACCCCAAACCAAGGCCCUAGAGAAAAACUAGGUAUGUUAAGGAAUAAAACCGUCAGAUGCAGCCCAGCCCUGUUUCCCACUGUCUCUUUCACCACAGGCCCCACGUACAGCACACACACAGCAUCCUUAACCCCUCCCCUCCACGCAAGCAAGCUAGCAUUGGCAUGGGCUCAUAAGGAACUGGUAGUCACACAAUGGGCCACUUCCUCACUUGGCUUGGCCACCACCUGCCAGUGCGGUCACACAGAUGCUCAGCAUGGGAGAGCAGCUGGAAAGGCUGUCAGGUAGCAGGAACUGUACCAAGAGGCAGCGGUGAGGAGAUGGGUGUGUUGGCCCCAUCCCUACUGCAGCUGCUUCCGAGGAGACACACGGCUGUCCAGCCUGAUCAGUCAGCAGAGACGAGUGGAAGUACUUCUCUUCCUAAGCAAAUGCUUCACGAACGGGGAAAUGUGCACUCUAAAAAGGCUGACAACUCCCAGGCUGUGGCUGAACUGUGCCGCAAACCCUCCUGCCACAUCCCUGAUGCUGAUGUGGACCUCAGCCCAGAGUGGCAAGGGUCACACGCAGCUGUAGGAUGAUGUCCCAACCUCAGCCUCUGCCAUGUCAGCUGCCCAGCCUGGACUCUGUCAUCAGCUCGAGCACCGGAUCCUGGCAAGCUAUUAAAUCUGGAAAAUCUGCAUCAGAGGAGCUGGGGAUUUAGCUUAGUGGCGCAAGUGCCUGCCUUGUAAGCGUGCGGUCACAUGAGUUCAAUCUCUGGUACCGAUUUAAAAAAAAAGAAGAUC